UUGUCUCACAAUCAGUCGCGUGCAUCCGCUCGACUCGGCGUAGAACUGCUCCCGAGAAGCUCCCAAGGCGAUGAUAAUUUUCGCGUCCGGGGAUCCUGGCGCCUGGCGGAGAGCUCUCUUAUCCGGUUCGCGUGCGGUGAGCUUGCGUGUCGAGGAAUCGCGAGGAAACGUGAAGGCUCGUUUUAUGCGAGAGUGCCGAGGGCGCAAAAGUGUCCGGGUUUUAUCGACCGGGUUUUAGCGACUGUAUUUGCGACGAGUGCUGUUUGCCAAUACGAGCAAGUUGACGCAGGGAAGAUCUACCCUGAAUAGAGGCAAGACGCGAUAUAUGUUUAUCGGAGUGAAACGAGUUUUCAAAGGACAACUAGCAAUAUCGAAGCGGAUCAACAUUUCUCUCUCAGCGAAAUAAAGAUCCUCUUCAGGAUCUAGGUUGCUCGUGACUUCUUCAUCAACGCCGUUUCGUAACAGAAUUAUCCGAACGCUGUUAUAACGCAUGUGAUCGUGAUUAGAGCAACAAAAGGCAUCAGUUGAGAAAUGUUUCAAGUGAUUACGCUAUAAUCGUCGUGAUAAUCGACGGAAAUAGAAAAUAGCGUUGCUAGCUACAGAUGCUUAUUUGACAGCAGUAAACAUUCUCUAUCUUCUAUCAUAUCGCGGCGACAAUGAACGGACCAGUUUAUGCGUCAUCCUGUCCCGCAUUGCAAUCGAAUCUCUCGCUGCACAGCUCAUCCUAUUAUAGCGAGUACAGCGGCACUACGCGAAGACGAUUAUCUUCGACGGGAGAGGCGGACACUUCCGCCACAUCGAGCUACGAGGGUAGCGACAGCUCCGAAAACAGCGAUGAGUCGCGCCUCGAUCCUGUCAGUCAAAUGGAACGAGAACAACUCGAGACUUUCUUCCGCGGAUUAAAAUCGCAAGUGUUCGUCUGCGAGUCACUGGCGAACCUGUAUCUCGGCAGCGCCUCUCAGACCGAGAGAUGGGAGCUUCGUUUUACUGGGAUACCCGUGGUGGUUCUCGAUCUUGGUGAGACACGAUCAAGAUCCAAGAGACGAAUUCAAAUCUUACUGGCAGAACGCGGUACUUGCUUCACUCUCUGGCGCGAGACUAUCGACAACCUCUCAUCAUACAAAGUGUCGGGACCGGCCUUUCAUACCAUGUGUCUCUCCUCUGACCAUACUCGUCUGGCCGGACUUAGCUUCGACAAUUCGAAAGCGGCCAACGAUCUGUGGCAGCACAUAGAGCGUCUCGUCUCCUGCCCGGAGAACAUCAGUCUGUCGGUGCCGGGCAAGAAGAAGAAGAAGCCCGUGCAGAAGAAAAUCGUUCUACCGGCCAAGAGCAACAUCAGCCAGCCGUGUCAGUUCCAGCACGUGACGAGCGUGGACGCGGCCGAUCGGUCGCGUUAUUUUUCGCUGCAGACGCUGGUACCGGCGUUGAGUGAGCUCGAGAACUCGCUGGAGGCGAACUUCUGAGACAAGCCCGACGCCUCCGCCAAGCUCUCGUAGAAACGACGUAGCGCGACGCCCGAUUCCCGCCGUCUUCUUCCUCGGAAGUGACCUCUCCGAGGAAGAAAGAUGCGCGUGUGCGAAGGGAGAACGAGGCGAGAUCCUCGUACAAGGACUCUGGCGUCGCGGAUCCGUCUCGAGAGCUCCGUCGUAACGAGAGGCGAACGCUGAAACACGACACCGCGGAUAUCCUUUUAUCUUUUUGCUCUUCCUCCAAAAAGUAAUUGUAGACGGUCUAGAGAGCCAAGGAAAUGAGGAGAUAUAUCGAUAAAGCUUUAACAAGACGAAGGAAAGAUGGAUAAAUUUCUUUUUUUCUCCAAGAGCCCUCCGCGGCUUCCGUAGUUUUAUCUCGAAUUCAUCUUUAUCUUCUCGUGUGCCCCAUAUAAUCAUCCAACUAGUUUGAUAAGAGUUAAUGGCGUAAAUUAGGUAAAGUGACGCGCGCUGACUCCACCUUAUCUCCGUUUUUCGCGUAACACGACGCGACCGUGAUCUGAGAAAUCACCUCUUGUCUGCCUGUUGUUUGAGAAACGAGGGAAAAGUCGAAGGGCCUCGAAGAGACAAAGAAGUAUGAGAGAAGGUGACAGGGGAAAGCAGACGUGUCUUACUCGAGAUAGACUAAUCCGUUAAUGUCUCGUGAGUCACCAACUACGAGACGUAGUGGUCCGCAGGCCAAGGCGGAACAUUCAUCAAUCCUUCUAAGCACUCUCGAGAGUGAUUGCGAUUGAUGUCUGCGAAUCCUGACUGCAGCCCCGAGGCGAAACAGAAAGUUUCUCGGCGGCGAACUAUCCGAGUCACAUAGCUCGCCGUUCUACUCUCUUUCUCUUCAAUAAGUCCUUCUCCGAAUCACGGCUGUCAAUUUAUUAUAAACGAAAAGGAAGACACUAUCGAACGUUACGAUCCCUUCGCGGUUUUAAUAGAUUAUUUCAUUAUCAUUAUUGCAUCGCGAAAAUAUUCGAUUAAACUUUUAAUUUAAUUCCGAAUAUAAAAUAAAAGAAAAAAAAAGAAUUAUUUCAAAUAAAACUCGGAAAGAUUAUAAUAAUACUAUAAAUGAUAAAAAUAAUUCACUUUAAUUAUCACGAAAAUAAAUUUGCAAACUUUUUACUUUAUGUAAAAUAAAAAAAUAAAUAUAUAUAUAUAUUAUAUAUAUUUUUAUUUUCUUGCUUUGCAUGUAACGAGCGAUGAUUCGUAUGUCAGUUUUAAAUUAUCUUUAAAGAUUCAAACAGGUGUUCCAAUAUCUCGAUGUAAAAACAAGCGCUUUAGAAUGUCAGAGACGCGAAACCUUGACAUGAAACCAAACGGCGCGCGGUUAGAAAGAAUCAUGCAAAUAUAUGCGAAACAUACUUCCGGGAACAUCGCAUCGGUUGUAUGUACAUUGUUGCUCUAUUCGUCGUGAAAAGACAAGCUUUCUCCCCGGCGAAUGUGAGGGAAACGUACGGUUUAUAAUUAAAGGCAUACGCGGUGAAAAUGGCGUCGAGGAGGCUUUCAAAGUGCAUUAUGCAGUGUUAAUAAUUGCCACGAAACCAUCGUUACGACGAAGCUAAAUUUAACGCCUUCCCGACUGCAUUCAACGGUAAAAAGCCAAUAAUUUCGAAAGGAAGUACUUAAAGAUGGAGUGGCAAUUUUCUUUAAUUGGAAGAAAAAAUCUAUUUGUCUCUCUGCCAUUGUCACUCGGAGAAAGGACAGGGCAUGUCGCUGAUUUAGCAUAUGCCGAACGAAAAGAUGUAAUGCGAGUUUAUGUAAAUCAAUUCAAAGAAUUAGAACAGUUGUGUGAAAUAUUAUUACUUAGUAAUUGAAAUAAUGUUAUAUAAAAUAUCAAAGAAGAGAUUGUGAAACAAAGUAUAUCAAAGAAGAGCUAGCUCUUCGUUGGGUAGAAUAUCAACGCAGAUAAAAUAAUUCAUUGACGUGUCUAUAUAGCGAAAUCGUAAUAAAAUUACGUAAUUAAAUAUACAUGUAAGAUUGAUGCGUCGAUAAGCGAUGUACAAGUCGAUAUAUACAUAUAUUAAUCAAAAGAAUAAAAUACUGCCGAACGUUCAUGCAAAAUAAAUUGUAAGAUUACGAGCGUGUAGAGUAUUGGAAACAGACAUUGUGUGCCAAAGUAUAUGAAACGAUAAGAAAGCGAGUUUAAUUAAUUGAUAUUUGAACAAGAUUCGUGCUUCCGUAAGACUUGAAAAAAGUCACACAGUCCACAGUACACAUUUUGUAAUUUAGAUUAAUUCGCGUUAGCAUUGUUUCCAGUACGCUCGUAACGCGCUCGCGAAUAAUCCAUUACGAUGUUAAAUAAAUAGAUUAUUAAUUAGAAAAUUAGAUUUGUCGGAUCGACGUGCAUGACAUGUCCAUGUAUAACGAAUUCUACUUCCUACCGUUUCGGCUCUUUAAUGUGUUCGUAGAUUUCGGUAGAAUAUCCCGAUCUUGUUGUCGACAACUUGUAAAUGUUAAAAUAUCUAGAUCAUUAUAAUUCUGUCCAAGUGAAAUAAUAUUAGAAAACUAAUUUCUAAAAAUUCAGUUGAAAUAUUAUAUUCCAAUAAAUUAAAAUAUUAUAUUCCAAUAAGUUAAAAUAUUAUUAAGAUGUGAGAUUUAGAUUUUAAGAUUUCAGGAUAUGAUUUUAAGUUUGAAUUUUUAUAGUUUUCCCUAAAUAUUUUUAUAAUUUUCCCCAAAUAUUUUUUUAGAGCGAUCAUCACUUACAUCUUUUUAAUGUUGUCCAAGUUUUAAAUUUUUCUCAUAUUAUUUCAUUUGGAUGUACUUGAUUCAUAAGUAAGAACGGAGACGAGUAUUCUUUCUGCACGAGGCGGAAAAUUGUUUUUUCUUUUUGAGAAAAACGCGCGCGAAAACGUCAUUCAAUGACGUUCGCAAAAAGACUGGUUUCACCAUCCCAUGCGUAUCUAAACACAAUUAACAAUAAGUACCUAUAUAGUAAUAGUAAUCAUUAGAACGACAUGAUUUUAUCCUUAGAAUCAAUUUCGCGCAUAUCGUUCGACAUUCCUUCAGCGUCAUCAUCGUUUGUAUCGCUUCGAAACUUUCGCUUCAUAUUCAUUGCGAAUCAAAUCUUUAGCAAUUAAGAUUAAUUAGCGUGUUAGUAUCUCUAAGUUAGACUCGCCCGGAGCAAUUUUUUAUCAUGUUAUCGUGAAACAGACGUAAUGCUUUAACGCAGGAUUUAUAUGCGCAUUUUGAUCACGUGAGUUGCAGAUUUCUUUCGGGAGAAAAGAAAAAAUCCGGGAGAGUAUAUUCUAGACAUUUAAAUAAAUAAUGUAACUUCGAAUUAAUGUUAAUUUCAUUAUCUACGACUGUGAUAUAAAUAUAUGAAUUUGUAUCGUUACGUUCCCCGUAACAUGUAUCCACAUUAAUCAAUCACUUGGAGAGAUAAGUUUAUGAAUAUAUCGUAUGUAAUAAUAAUAAUUAUUAUUGUGCUAAUAAAUAGUAAUACUUCAUGGAGCAAAAUA